GCCUCAGCCUCACCUGUGGCCUUCCUAAGCUUCAUGACCAUAGACCUGUGCAAAGUGAGGGAGCUUUGGGCCUGGGUGUAAAUGUGUAAGCAGGAUCCAAGCAUUCUGCAUACUGAGGAAAAGCCUUCUUGGGGGAGUGGAUGAGCAGCAUGUGGAGGUGUAAAGUACUACCUGUUACUCAUAAAACUAAAUCAGAGGAAAAUAUUAAGAAGGAAAAAACAGAUAGUAAGAAGGUAGCAGAAAAUGUAAAAUCAGAGGAAACAUUAAGUGAGAAAAAUGAUCUCGGAAAUGACCAUGAAGGUGUGAUUGAACCCAAUUCUGAUGCCUCUCAAGAAAUGAGAGAUGAAAGUGUAGAGAUAACUGAGGCCAUGAUGGAUCAGGCAAAUGAUAAAAGUGUGGCUGCCAUUGAUGCCCUAAGUAAUGGUGAACUACAGAAAGCCAUUGACUUGUUCACAGAUGCCAUCAAGCUGAAUCCUCACUUGGCCAUUCUGUAUGCCAAGACAGCCAGUGUCUUUAUCAAAUUACAGAAGCCAAAUGCUGCCAUUGGAGACUGACAGAGUUAUUGAAAUAAAUCGUUAUUUAGCUCAGCCUUACAAAUGGCAAGGCAGAGCACACAGACUUCUGGACCACUGGGAAGAAGCAGUCCAUUAUAUUGACCUUGUGUGUAAAUUGGAUUAUGAAGAUGCUAGUGCGAUGAUGAAAGAAGUUCAACCAAGGGUCCAGAAAAUUGCAGAACAUUGGAGGAAAUGUGAGUGGAAACCUGAAGAGUGAGAGGUCAAAGAAAGAAUGGAAAGGGUUAAGAAGACUCCUAACAAAAUGAGAGAGCCAAGAGGGAGGAAGAAGCCAGAGGACAAUCAGGAGCUCUGUAUGGCUCAUUUCCAGCUAGCUUUCCUUGAAGAAUGCCUGGUAAUUUUUUUCUGGAGGAAUGCCUGGAUUGGGAAGAGGCAUGCCUGAAUAGUAGGAAUGCCUGGGCUCAAUGAAAUUAUUUGUGAUCCAGAGGUUAUUGAAUCCAUGCAGGAUCCAGAAGUUAUAGUGGCCUUUCAGGAUGUGGCCCAGAACCUGGCAAAUAUGUCAAAAUAUCAGAGCAACCCAGAGGUUGUUAAUCUCAUCAGUAACUUGUCAGCCAAAUUUAGUGGUCAAGUGUAAUGCCCUUCUUACAAAUAAAAUCCUUGCUGGAGGAAAAGCAACCUAAAUCUCCCAAAUGGAUAUUGCAAAAUACAAACCAGUGUACCUCUGAACUUCUCAUGAAGAAAGCUUUGAAGAGAAUCCUUACCUCUCUGCCCCACAUAAAGCUGUAAUAUUUUAUAGUGAUUUUCCAUUAGAAUGUUCAUUCAGAUAAUGUUCUCCUACUAGGAAUUACAAACUUUAAACACUUUUAAACUUUAAUAUUUCAAAACAAAUAAAAAAGGUGUGUCAGCCCAGUUGGUGUGGCUCAGUGGUUGAGCGUCAACCUAUGAAUCAAGAGGUCUCGAUUCAAUUCCCAAACAGGACACAUGCCCAGGUUGUGGGCUUGAUCCCCAGUAGGGGGUGUGCAGGUGGCAGCUGAUCAAUGAUACCCUCUCAUCAUUGAUGUUUCUCUCUCCCUUUCUCUCUGAAAAUCAGUAAAAAAUAUAUUUUAAAAAACCCUACAUUUUUGUUUACUAAUUAUUUUGGUGUUUUCCUUUGAAUUAAUUGGGCAAAGAAGAUACUUCAGAAUGGAAAAUUUAUUGCUCAGUUUGAGUAAAAUAAAGGCUUAUUAGUGGGA